CUUUCGUCUCCCUGUAAUAUAAAAACACCACGCAUCGCCGAGACCAUCGAAACGGUGCGGUUACGAUGGCGGGCGUAUCGCUCCAAUGCGGCGACUGCGGCUUGUUAUUGAAAUCAGUAGAAGAAGCUCAGGAACACGCCGAGCUCACUAAUCACUCUAAUUUCUCUGAAUCCACUGAAGCAGUGCUCAAUCUCGUCUGCGCUGCUUGCGGCAAGCCUUGCCGCUCUAAAACUGAGAGUGAUUUGCAUACAAAGAGGACUGGACAUGAUGAGUUUGUGGAUAAGACAUUGGAGGCUGCCAAGCCGAUAGCUUUAGAGGCUUCAAAGAAGUCGGAUGUGGAUAUGGUGGAUGCCGGUGAUGCCUCUGCUAGUGGUGAACAAACUGAAGAAAUGGUUGUUCCGGAAGUCAAUCAGGAAUUUCUUGAGAAUCUUGAGUUGAUGGGGUUUCCAAAAGCAAGGGCAACUCGUGCACUUCAUUACUCUGGCAACACUAGCCUCGAAGCAGCUACUGAGUGGAUAGUUGAACAUGAGGAUGACUCCAACAUAGAUGAGAUGCCAUUGGUGCCUGUCAGCAGCAAAUCUGAAGCUUCUAAGCCUUCUCUGACUCCUGAGGAAAUAAGAAUAAAAGCGCAAGAACUGAAGGAGAGAGCUCGCAAAAAGAAGGAAGAGGAAGAGAAGAGAAUGGAAAGAGAGCGAGAGAAGGAGAGAAUCAGAGUAGGUAAGGAACUCCUUGAAGCAAAGAGAAUUGAGGAAGAUAAUGAAAGAAAACGCAUAAUGGCACUGCGGAAAGCAGAGAAAGAAGAAGAGAAAAGGGCUAGAGAAAAGAUUCGACAAAAACUAGAGGAAGACAAGGCUGAAAGAAGACGCAAGCUUGGAUUACCACCAGAAGAUCCUAAACCUUCAAAGCCUGCUGCACCUGUGGAGGAGAAGAAGACCAUGUUGCCCAUUAGGCCUGCUACGAAGGCAGAACAAAUGAGAGAGUGCUUAAGAUCUCUCAAACAGGCCCACAAGGAUAACGAUGCACAAGUAAAGACUGCAUUCAAUACUCUUUUGACUUAUGUUAAAAAUGUUGCUACAAAGCCUGAUGAGGAGAAAUUUCGAAAAAUCAGGCUGAGUAAUGCAACCUUCCAGGAAAGAGUUGGCAAAUUGGUGGGAGGCAUCAAUUUUCUUGAGCUAUGCGGGUUUGAGAAGAUUGAUAAUGGUGAGUUUUUGUUCCUACCUCGGGACAAAAUUGACAUUCCAGUGCUCCAUACAGCUGGAAAUGAGUUAAACAGUGCAAUAGUCAAUCCCUUCUUUGGAGUCCUCUGAAUUAUUUAGCCUACAGUUUUAUAAUUUAAAAGGAUUUUCAUUAUAAUCUCUUAAAGUACUAACAGAGUGACAGUUUUCUAUCUUUUUCGUUUGUAUUGUGAGAUAACUCAGUAUAACGCAUCAAAUUUUUUCCAACAUUCAUGCAGUGUGUUAAGUUCA